AUGUCCCCUUCUGCAUCGCAAUUCCUCAUCCUCAAAGACUGCAUUGCUCGUCGAUUGUUGUUGGUACCAGAACUCCAUGACCCUGACUCGGGUUCAGACCUAGACGAGUUCACGAGCUACCUGGCGGAGGACUUGUGGGGCACCAUGCCGGUCUCUCUUCAGACCGCCUCGUACGAAACGAAAGAGGUGCUCGACGGCAGCAAGUUGUCGUCGCUGCCUCCCUCCUUUGAAGAAACGCUCGUCACAUAUGGCAUCGUGGCAGCCGAGGCGGAUUCUUAUCCGUUCCUUGAGAAGGUCCUUGCAGACUACCUGUCUACCGCAUGCGCCCCGCCCCCUAUCUGGUCCAGCACACGAACUGACGAAUGCGAAAUCUGCGAGCGUCGGGUGCCGCUGACCUAUCACCACCUCAUCCCGCGCUCGGUGCACCAGAAGGCGCUCAGGAGAAAAUGGCAUCCACCGAGCAGAUUAAAUGCGGUCGCGUGGUUGUGUCGGCCAUGUCAUACGGCGGUACAUCAGGUCGCUCCAAACGAAGUGCUUGCGCAACAUUAUCAUACCAUCGAGCUACUGCUGGCGCGAGAGGACAUUAGGCGAUGGGGUCAAUACGCUUCCAAGCAGCGUUGGGGAGUGCGACGAGGUUAA